GGGCGCAAGGGCACUUCGGAGAAGGUGCAUGAACCGGCCCCACCGGAGCCCUUCUUGUGGACGGAAGAUGAUGAGGCCGGUGUGAGUGCAGAAACCACAACCGCAGGCGCUUCAGCGACCGCGCGCAUCUUUGCGUGGGUGGAUGCCUUCUGCUCUCUCUGUGGCAUAGGUUGUAGGCACACACAGACAGAGCCGGGCAAGGUUUCCUCCUGGCGCAAGGUCGUAUUGUAA